AUGGGUUCCGUGUUCGAAGGUCUUCUUCCGUCUCGUCGUCAGCGGUCGAGAUCGCGGUCGGCGUCCGGGAAGCAAUUGCAUGCACGCUGGGGAGACAAUUCAAUCACUGCUCCCAAUGGAGGUGGUUGGAGUCAGCAAUACCUUGAGGAAGACCGACAUAACCCCAUCUAUCAGGCACAAGGAAGUCCUGAUAGUCAGAAGACUUUGGUCACCAACUCUCCAGAACUCGGUUAUGAUUCCAUCAAGACCAAGAUCGAGAACAUCCUUCAGGCAGUUGAAGAUCAGAAAUUUGCAGGCGUUCCUGUGAUAAAGGAAGUUGAUGGUCAAAUCACCAUUACUUUCUCGCUUGGUCCUUCCUCAGGACCUCGACAGCCACAACCUGAAUCACAUCCAGAACCACAACAACAACGAAGGCCAUCCGUUGAGACCAAUUAUCCUCCUCAUAACCGUUAUAUGCCCACUCAUUCCGAGGGCGUGGCCACUGGUGGAGUUCGAGCUUUAUUUCCACCCAUCUCCACAAACAUUGAUGAAGUUAUAACAGUUGAAGCCCGGGACGUCACCGACCCAUAUCGUACAACAUCUCCAAUCAUACACACUCAAUCUCCUGUUUAUGACGACGUUUCCACCUUUUUCACAAGGGCAGCCUUCCCUGAAAGAUCUUUUGGCCCUGCACGGCCACCUCACAUCCAGACCAGUGUUCCACAGCAUAAAUCUCAACCAGCAUCCGCUAUCUCCGUCUCAAUCUUGAGCCCAGUUCAAGAAAGAUAUAAUGAAUCUAUCGGCAACACACCAAUGGCCAACACACCUAUCACCGCUCAGAUAUCCGCAACUAUCCCAAGAGCUCCAUCAAUUGCUGAUGAAUUCGCCGACAUCGAAAGCCUUACUCAAAGACUAGAGAGGUUUAGAGGCACCAAUCCCUCUCCGCCCUCGCGAAUCACAAGUCCGAUAGAUACGUCAGAUUCCGAAUUCGACCAGCCCUUUAUUCGCAGCAGAGGUCCAUCUCGCAAUGCCUCCCGUGGACCUGUCAUUUCUCGGCCUUCUUCACGUGGACCAGGGAUUGGUGAAGUUGCAUAUAUGCGUGCUUCAUCCAAAGGUCCAGGCGAGCAGAGAAGUGAGUCCAGAAGUGGAUUGGAAGGUGGUCGACGUUCGGCUUCUCGUGAACCUGCUCGCAGAACUCGAUCCGUCGAUCCUGUUGUUCGAAGUCAUUCUGUGGAACCCGUUAAGCGUGCAAUGAGCCGUGAACCUGCCCAUCGAAGACCAGAGUCUAGAGGAGGUGAUGAUGACGACCGUCGACCUUCACGGUCUCGCUCUCGGAAUCCCAGACCACGCAGAGCUGAAUCAGUUAGUGAAAAGGAACAUCGAAGAGCCGAGUCAAUCGAAAGGCAUUUUCGACACGUGGAUACCUUUGACUCCGAUACCGAUCGCGGCCCACGCGAUGCAACCCCCAUUGGAUAUCAAAGGAUGGCGACCCCAACCCAAUAUCAUAAACGUGCUUUUUCUCGCGACCAAUUCGACCUGAAUCACAGGACCGCAUCACCCUCCACACUUAGCCGAAGAGCCUUCUCCCGCGGGCCCGGUGAUAAGCGACGAAUGUCAGGAGACUUUACACGUCGAGCCAUGUCUGUUGAACCUAUUCUGAGGCAUGCAACACCACAAGAGGACUACACUCCCAUUUCCCGGCGUGGAACACCUCUUGCCUUCCAAAACGGUAGAUUCGUCCCCAUGGAAAACCCGGUCUCGGAUUCGAGCGCGGACGAGCACGAACCCAGUGGAUCCCCCACCUCCGGCGACGAGACCGGCAUAGACACGGACGCCACCGACAUCGAGACCGAAAACGACGACGCAUACUACGAGUCGCGAAAGGAAUGGAACGGCCGUGCCGCCAACGGCGCCGACGGCAAAGGCUACUACGGCGACGUGGCCAGCGAAUACAAAGCGAUCGCCAAGGACGUCGAGGCCGACCAAGCCACCGCACCCGCCAAAGUCGAGAAACAGGUCGGCGGCAUCAACAUUGGCGGCAUCAAACUCAACAUCACCAAGGUCAAGACGGAGAAAGCAGAUCGAGACAGAAAGUCCGAACGGGACAGAGAUGACAAACGCGGCAAUCUCAAACAGUAUGUCGGCCCAGAUCUGGUUCCGAACGAAGAGGAGGUUUGGGGAUGA